GCUCAAUCUGAACCUCGUCGGAGCGCAAAGGCUUUGCACUAUGUACGUGCUGUUGCCACAUGUGAUUCAGUUGCCGAGUUUGUGUUGGGUGGUUUUGGUUUGUGUUGAUCAUUAUUUGCAGUUUUUAAUCUUUGGCGGGGAAUUUAUUUGGUCAGAUUGCGUUACCGGAAGGUUGGAGCGACCUUAUCAGAAGAGAUCCAGCUCCGUGGAUCGUAUUGUCAGAUGAGAUGUUAAAUCAAUGUCCUAUUUGAGAGGACACAUGGGGAAGUUACGAAGGAGACACAACUGGAAAGGACGCCUCCAGGCCGACAAGGAGGCAAAACCCGAGGAACUCAGGAAUACAGUUGAGAUUGAGCUGAAAGAGGGAGACUCCUUGAAAGGCGUGGAUGAGAGCAAUGCGCUGGUUCUUCCCGCUACCAAACCAAAAAAAAAGAAGAAAAUCCAGGAAAGAAGCGGCCCUAAAAAACUGCCACUAACCAAGAAGCAAAAGAAACUCCUGCAGAAAGUGUUGGAGCAGAAGGAAAAGAAAUCUCAGCGAGCAGAGAUCCUGAGCAAGCUGGCCGAGGUGCAGGUCUCAGAGUCUGAGAUGAAGCUGCUCUACACCACCUCCAAACUGGGGACCGGGGAGCGCCUCUAUCUCACCAAACACCGUGUGGAUGAAGUUGGGACGGAGGGUCAGGGAAGAAUCAGCAGUCUCAGUGGAGCCAACAGGAAGAGACGAAGGAAAGAGGAGGAGGAGGAGGAGAGGAAUAGCAGCACGACGUCCAGCAGCUCCGACGAGGACGAAGGACUUCCAGACAGAGUGGACACUGACCAGGAGCGCUGUGAGAAACCCCCCCUGCAGAGUGAGGGAGCCCCCCCGGAGAAGAAAGCAGCUCCGAUACCAGACCGGACAGCAGCCAGUCUCCCAGCUGACAGGAAACCCUCUGAGCCCGCGGUCUUCAUCCCAGUGGACCGGACAGCUGAGAUUCAGGAAGCGCGGCUGAAGCUGCCGAUUCUGGCAGAGGAGCAGGUGAUCAUGGAGGCGAUCGGAGAGAACAUGUUUGUGAUCCUGUGCGGAGAGACGGGCAGCGGCAAGACCACACAGCUCCCACAGUUCCUGUACGAAGCCGGAUAUGCCAGUGGAGACGGCAUCAUCGGGAUCACGGAGCCUCGGCGAGUGGCUGCGGUCACCAUGUCCCAGAGAGUCUGCAAGGAGAUGAACCUCUCCAACAGGGUAGUGUCUUACCAAAUCCGCUACGAAGGAAACGUAACAAAGGACACGAAAAUCAAGUUCAUGACUGACGGUGUUCUGCUUAAAGAGAUACAGAAGGAUUUCUUGCUCAUGAAGUACAAGGUUAUCAUCAUUGACGAGGCCCACGAGAGGAGUGUCUACACGGAUAUUUUAAUAGGCCUGCUGUCUCGCAUCGUGCCUCUGCGUAACAAGAAAGGGCUGCCCAUGAAGCUGAUAGUGAUGUCAGCCACACUGAGGAUAGAGGACUUCACCCAGAACACAAGGCUGUUUCCCGCCCCUCCUCCGGAUAUUAAGGUGGAUGCCAGGCAGUUCCCCGUCACCGUCCACUUCAACAAGCGCACCCCGCUGGACGACUACACCGGAGAGGCUUACCGGAAGAUCAGCAAGAUCCACCGCAUGCUGCCAGCAGGGGGUAUACUGGUGUUCCUGACUGGACAGGCUGAAGUGAACUCCUUGUGUAGGAGGCUGAGGAAGGCAUUCCCGUUCAGGCCACACUGCAAGGCACUCGCUGAGGGGGAAGAGGAUACUGUUGGAGACGUGAAAAAGUUUAAGAAGGCAAAGCAAAAAAAAACUCUGACCAUGCCGCGGAUCGACCUGGAUAACUACUCCGCACUGCCAGUGGACGAGGGGGAUGAGGACCGCGAGGCUGGCAUAGACGACGAGGAGGAGCAGCUGGGGUCAGACCUGGACCUGGACUUGGGAGAGGAGGAGGAGGGUGCUGGGGAGGGUGACAAGUCGGACCCCUCGCUCCCUCUCUACGUCCUCCCACUGUACUCCCUGUUGGCACCAGAAAAGCAAGCCAAGGUGUUCCGGCCCCCUCCCCCCGGCACCAGGCUGUGCGUGGUCGCCACCAACGUGGCAGAGACCUCGCUUACCAUCCCGGGCAUCAAGUACGUGGUGGACUGCGGGAGAGUGAAGAGGCGCUUCUACGACAGAGUCACUGGCGUCUCUUCCUUCAGGGUCACCUGGACCUCCCAGGCCUCGGCCGACCAGAGAGCGGGGCGAGCCGGCCGCACCGAGCCAGGACACUGCUACAGACUGUACUCGUCGGCUGUGUUUGGAGACUUUGAGAAAUUCUCUGCGGCUGAGAUCACAAGAAGGCCGGUGGACGACCUUGUUCUCCAGAUGAAGGACUUGAACAUUGACAAGGUAAUCAACUUCCCGUUCCCGACUCCCCCUUCGUCAGAAGCGCUGAUGGCAGCCGAAGAGCUGCUCCUGUCCCUGGGAGCCUUGGAGGAGCCCCCCAAGCACGGCAGGCUGAAGGAGCUGGAGAGAGCGAAGCUGAGCUGUCCCAUUACCCCCCUGGGCAGGGCGAUGGCUGCCUUCCCCGUGGCGCCACGCUACGCCAAGAUGCUGGCUCUGGGAAAGCAGCACGGCUGCCUGCCCUACGUCAUCACGCUGGUGUCUGCCAUGACUGUGAGGGAGAUCUUCCAGGAGUUUGACAGACCCGCAGUCAGCGACGAGGAGAAGGACAAGCUCACCGGGAAGAGGGCCAGGGUGGUGCAGAUGAGGAGGGUCUGGGCGGGCCAGGGAGGAGCUCUCGGGCUGGGGGACCUCAUGGUGAUGCUGGGUGCUGUUGGUGCCUGUGAGUAUGCGGGCUGCACUCCGAAGUUCUGUGAAGACAACGGGCUCCGCUACAAAGCCAUGCUUGAAAUCAGACGCCUGCGAGGGCAGCUUACCACAGCAGUGAAUGCUGUGUGCUCCGAGGCCGGGCUGUUUGUGGACCCCAAAAUGAAGCCCCCCAUGGACUCCCAGGUGACCUUCCUGCGGCAGAUCGCCCUGGCCGGACUGGGAGACCACCUCGCCAGGAAGGUCCAGCCAGAGGAGGUGCUGGACCCCAAGUGGAGGAACGCGUACAAGACCCCUCUCUUAGACGACCCUGUGUUCAUCCACCCCAGCUCCGUGCUGUUCAAAAAGCUCCCGGACUUCGUGGUGUACCAGGAGGUGGUGGAAACGACCAAGAUGUACAUGAAAUGUGUCUCUGCGGUGGAGCCGGAGUGGGUCCCUGUUCUCCUCCCUCAGUACUGCCAUUUCGGGAAGCCUCUGGAAACGCCCGUCCCACGAUACUGCUCGGAGACCGGCAGGGUCAGGUGCCACAGAGAAAGCACUUUCUACCGUGUAGGCUGGCAGCUCCCGGCUGUGGAGCUGGACUACCCGGAGGGACUGGACUGCUACAAACACUUUGCAAAGUAUUUACUGGAAGGAGAGGUGGUUUCAAAGCUGCGUUCUUACACAAGCUGCCUGCUCUCCAAUCCCUCAACGAUGCUCAAGACCUGGGCCAAGCUUCAGCCAAGGACUGAGACUCUGCUGAAGGCACUGGUUUCCGAGAAGGCAAACUGCAGGAGCGCUUUGCUGUCAGCCUGGAAGAGAAACGACAAGUACCUGCUGUCUGCUUACAGCCAGUGGCUUCCUGAGUCCAUGCACAAAGAUGUAGCGAAGAACUGGCCUCCCAUGUGAAGGAACAUGAAAUCAGGACUGGACUGGACAAGCGCUAGCAGCAGCAGCAGCGUUCAUUUAACCCUUACUGUCCCUGGACCAGGGAACACUUCCGAACGAGCUUUCACAGGACCUGCAAAGGCGUUUUCAAAGUAAAUGCUGCUGCUUCGUAUUACAAACUGGUUGUGCAAAAGGACUGGGGGCCCCAAAUGCUGUUGGAAAUCCGUUAGGUUUAAGGACUUCUUGCUAAAUGAUUUGGAUUUUUUACCUGCUUUAAUUAUGCUAUUUUUUGUGUCUGAAAUGUCCAACUUUUUUUUGUUUUUUUUUAUUUUUUGGUAUUUAGUAAAAGGUUUUGAAAUGUAUACUCACAGUGUGUGUUUUUAUGUGUGUGAGGAAAAACAGCGUACUUUUAUUCUGGGUAAAGAGUGUAUUUGUGUUUGAGGUCUUUGUAAGACCUUAACCGUUAAGUGGUGCAUGCUACACUGUUAAUAAAGACAGAAGGGUAUUUCUUUUAUAACGCUACACUUUCGAUACAAUGCAGUCCUAUUGAAUACUGUUUUUGUAUUAUUAUGUUAAUUACAUUUGCAAAGUCCCUUACUUUUAUAUACAAUUGUAACUGAACAUAAAUGAAUUGUGGGCUCAGUUCUGUGCUAUUGCAACACAAUCAGCGUGGAAAAGGACAGCCAGUGCUUUGCAGUAGUUAAUCUUAGCUACUGUUUUUUUAUGUUUAUAUGAAAGUAUUAAUUUAAAAUUCAAACUCUAAU